AUGCCUUCGACGGCUUGCACAGCGACUUGUCGAUUGGACAAAGGGUGCAACACAGCGAAUCUUGAUGUUGUUGAUGUCAUUGGUGGUGGUGGUGGUGGUGGUGGUGGUGGUGGUGGUGGUGGUGGUGGUGGUGGUGGUGGUGGUGGUGACAGCUUGAGGGCGAAGUUGGGGCAAUGUGUCGGCCGUGUUUGGUUUGGAGGCGGCUGCAUCCUUCCGAACACAACAGAGAACAGUGCAAUUAAGUUGUUGUUUAAGUUGUUGUUGUUGUUGUUGUUUAAGUUGUUGUUUAAGUUGUUGUUGUCUCAGUUGUUGUUGUCUCAGUUGUUGUUGUCUCAGUUGUUGUUGUUGUUGUUGUUCUUGUAG